UCGGGGCUGGAAGGAGGGACGAGCGGCAGGGAAGGCGCAGCGCCCGGCCACGCUGGAACCGAUCCACAGACUGCCAGGAGUUGCUGCUGCCGGAGUCUAUGGCCUGCAUCGUCACGCCGUGCCCCUCCAUGCCUGUGGGACCCCAGCAUUGCGUCUGCAAAGUCGAGCUCUCUGUCUGCGGCCAAAAUCUCCUCGACCGAGAUGUCACCUCCAAAUCCGACCCCUUCUGCGUCUUAUUUAUGGAAGUCAAUGGCAAAUGGACGGAGGUCGACCGGACGGAGACCGCUGUGAACAAUCUCAACCCAGCCUUUUCCAAGAAGUUCAUCAUAGACUAUCGCUUUGAGGAGGUCCAGAAGCUGAAAUUCGCCUUGUUUGACCAAGACAAAUCAAGCAUGCAGCUGUAUGAACAUGACUUCCUGGGGGAGUUUGCCUGCACUCUGGGGACGAUUGUUUCAAGCAAGAAGAUAACGAGAGCACUUCUUCUGGGGAACGGAAAACCAGCUGGAAAAGGAAUGAUAACGGUAGCGGCCCAAGAGUUGUCCGACAACCGUGUGAUUACGCUCAGCAUGGCGGGCAGAAAGCUGGAUAAGAAGGACUUAUUUGGAAAGUCGGACCCAUUUUUAGAGUUUUACAAACCUGGGGAUGAUGGGAAAUGGAUGUUGGUGCACAGAACAGAGGUGAUUAAAUACACGUUGGAUCCAGUGUGGAAGCCCUUCACUGUGCCUUUGAUAUCUCUCUGUGACGGGGACAUUGAGAAGCAGAUCAAGGUUGUGUGUUAUGAUUACGACAAUGAUGGAGGCCAUGACUUCAUCGGAGACUUCCAGACCUCUGUCGCUAAGAUGUGUGAAUCUCAGGACAUGUGUCCGGUGGAAUUUGAAUGCAUUAACCCGAAAAAGCAGAAGAAGAAACGGAGCUACAAGAACUCUGGCAUCAUCAUCGUGAAAUCCUGCAAAGUCACCAGAGAUUGCUCCUUCCUGGACUACAUCCUUGGGGGCUGCCAACUGAUGUUUACGGUUGGCAUUGACUUCACGGCCUCCAAUGGGAACCCUCGGGACCCCACCUCGCUGCACUAUAUCAACCCCAUGGGGACAAACGAGUACCUCUCAGCUAUCUGGGCAGUGGGACAGAUCAUCCAGGACUACGACACAGAUAAAAUGUUUCCUGCCUUGGGAUUUGGUGCCCAGUUGCCCCCAGACUGGAAGGUUUCUCAUGAGUUUGCCAUUAACUUCAACCCUACCAACCCUUUUUGUCUUGGUGUGGAUGGCAUCGCCCAGGCCUACUCCACCUGCCUGCCUCACAUACGCUUCUACGGACCAACCAACUUCUCCCCCAUCAUUAACCACGUGGCCCGGUUUGCAGCCCAGGCGACCCAGCAGGAAUCCGCAGCCCAAUACUUCAUCCUGCUGAUCAUCACUGACGGAGUCAUCAGCGACAUGGAUGAGACGCGCCACGCCGUGGUGCAGGCGUCCAAGCUGCCCAUGUCCAUCAUCAUCGUUGGGGUUGGGAACGCAGACUUCGCGGCCAUGGAGUUCCUGGACGCCGACACCCGCAUGCUCCGAUCCUACACGGGAGAGGAGGCCGUGCGCGACAUCGUCCAGUUCGUGCCGUUCCGCGAAUUCCGCAGCGCACCGAAGGAGACCCUGGCCAAGGCCGUCUUAGCAGAGCUGCCGCAGCAGGUGGUCCAGUACUUCAAGCUGCAGAACCUGUCGCCGAUCCGUUCGGAGCCCGCGUAGAGCCCCACGCGGCGCUCUUCGCCUGCAUGUGCCCCGAAGGACAGAAGGUUGCAUGCCUCGUGUGGUGUCAGACGAUUUGUACUUUUUAUUUAAAUGAUCCUUAACUUUAACGAAAGCAGCAGAAAUACAACCCAGGCCUCCCUAACAGUACGGCCUGUGAGACAAGAAGCAUCUGGACCCGUGCUCACAACGCAGGCCAUUUCCCCCCGUAGCCCCGAGAGACAACUUUUAAGUAUUUGAAUGUACUUUGUACGAUUUUGGUGAAAUGAGAGAACCUUUUUACAAGUGGAACUUGCUUUUUCCAAGCCGUGAUGUUCUUAAAAUGUCAUUGCCCAAAGAAGUGUAGGCAGUUCCUGGACACGGUGUACUGGCAUUUCUCAUGCUCUGUGCUCAUUUUUAUACCGUGCACAUGUUCUAUUUGUUAUACUCAGGUGAAUAAACAAACUCGGACUCUUUGCAGCUUCGUGAAA